GUUCUUGUUGGCAACGGUGGUCUACAUAAUCAGCUUCAUUGGCUCUCUGGACAGUCUCAAAGACAUAUACCUGUCUCAAAUAACACACGCAUCAAGAUGCCUUCACUCAAGAACAUCACGAGGCGAAAUAGACCAAUCAACCAGAACAUUGUUACUGGCAUGCUUUUGUUCUGUCUGCCGGGUAUUUACACAGCAAUCACUGGACUCGGUGCCGGAGGAGGCAGAUCUUCUUCCGGCGUCGUGGCCAACCAGUCGAACUCGAUACUUUAUGGCAUGUUCACCCUUUUCGGUUGCCUCGGUGGUCCCAUCGUGAACUUGGUUGGUGUCCGAAUCUCCAUGCUCUUGGGUAUGGUCGGAUAUCCUCUAUAUGUUGGAGGAAUGUGGUACUACGACAGGACUGGCAACACAUGGUUUCCCCUUUUUGGUGGAGCGAUGAUCGGCUUCUCGGUCGGCGUCCUGCUGACUUGUGCCGGCAUGAUUGCCUUCUCCUAUUCUACUGAAAGAACGAGAGGAUUGUACAUCUGCCUGCAAUGGAUGAUUCGAGCUAUUGGUGCGACUGUGGCCGCCUCCAUCGCCUUUGGCCUGAACGCCGGGCAGACGAAAGCGAUCGGCGUAUCUUCGUUCGUCUACAUUGCAUUCAUCUGCAUUGAAUGCUGCUCACUACUUCUGAUUGCCUUCCUGUUAGUCGAGCCGAAGAACGUGGUCAGAGAUGAUGGAACACACAUUGCCAAAUUCAAGCCUACGACUGUGAGGCAAGAGUUGAAAAAGCUAGGCUUGUGCUUCAUCGACAAGAAACUCCUCCUUUUGGUUCCUGCCACUCUUGGUUGCGAAAUGUCCCUGUCUUUGGUCAGCACCGUCAACGGCUUCUUUUUCAACCUUCGAACACGCGGGGUCAACAGCUUGUGCUUCCAAAUUGUCCAGUUCAUCGGUCCUGGAGUUCUGAUCUUCGUGCUUGACAACAAGUUUGUUCGUAGCCGCAAAGUCCGCGGCAUCAUGGGUGUCGCCAUUACUGGUGCAAUUGCGAUCGGUGGCUGCGUUGGCAUGUAUAUCUGGCUGCACUUAUCCGGUUAUGCCUCCUACGAGAAGACCCCAGCGUAUGACUGGUCGUACAGCCACUAUGGAGGCUUCAUGGCUAUCUACCUCAUGUUCGGACUCACUUACUCGAGCUACGCAUUGACUGUUGAAUGGGUCUUUGCCUGUCUGUCGAAUGACCCCGCCGUCCUGGCUCAAUAUGCUGGGUUCGUUCGUGGUUUGGGAAGUCUUGGUAUGAUGAUAUCGUUCAUCUUGGCCGAACAGUUGACGCCAACCUGGGUGCAAGUGACCGUGCAGCUCAUACUCUAUGUUACUGGGGUUGCUGGAAUGAUCUGGGUUCUCAUCUACAUCGUACCAGAAACCAACUACUUUAUGGAAGAAAACACAAUCGCACCCCAGCAGGUACAGGAGGAGUUCGUCACGCACGGCAAGAUCACGCAGGAGCAGUUGAAUGAGGAGGUCGAGAAGGAUAAAAUUGCGGCGAUUGGGAAGGCAGAUGAUCGCACUACUGAGUUGACCAUCAAGGAAUCGCAGUAAACAACAUCCCAUGAGACUUGUGGUCGGAUCGUGCUGGGAAGUAGAGGGGGCGCGGUGGUCAGAGGUGCUCAUCAGCAUGGGACAAGUGCUAUGUCAGGGUCGAGGGAGCGAUAAAUACACGAUAUAGGUGUCACGGUAGUGCUUUCCAUUGCC